AGGCGAUGUCAAUGCCCAAGCAAGAAUAAUUUGGGCGAGCAGCUAUUUAAAGUGACGCGACAUAUCCACGCAGACAUAUUCAAUUACAGUCGCCAGUUUUAAAUAACUGCUCGCCAAAGAAAGCAAAGGAUCAAGAAAUAAGUGUUCGUGCUGUAUUUUUUAUUGGAAAAGAGAUGAUAUAAAAAACGAGUAUUAUUCGAUGAUCUGACACUUUUCAUUUUGUAAUACCAUUGAUUUUGUAUAUAUUAUACGUUCAACAUUAUGGCAACGAUAAUUGCCUUAGCAGUGUCAACAUUAUAUAUUGUACUUACAAGUCUCAUAGCUUAUUGGAUGAGAAAAUAUACAGAGUAUUAUAUACGGGAUCCGUUUGUAAGAUCCCUAUUUUUAGAAGGCAUUGCUACUGGCGAACUAUGCGGAGCGUGCUUCGAACUCAUAAUAAUUGCGGAUAAUUGGGGUGUCUCCAUGUACGGUCUAUAUUUAUUCCUCCUAACAAUUUGGUGGUCAAAAAAUUGGGGUGAUGCCACCGCUUGCCCCUACACGCACAUCGAGGACGUUGUCGAAGGGCAGAAAUCAGUUCGCGAUGCUUUUCUUUUAAUAUGGGCUGAAUUAGUCGGUGGUCUUGUCGUUUUUAGAUACAUUCAAUUACUUUGGGCAUUGGAAAUUGUUUCCACGCACAAGAACAGGGCAUUCGAAGAUUGUACUACUGACCUACAAGUGCCAGUGAUAUUCGGAGCAUUCAUCGAAUGCGUGGCAACUUGUGUAUACAGAGUGGUCUCCCGUGGUUUAAGUGAAAUAAAUUCCAAGUUCAGCGUUAUUAUUGAUUCUUUUAUUGGAACAAGUUUGGUUAUUGCAGCCUUCGAUUAUUCCGGCGGUUACUUUAAUCCCGCGUUAGCGACCGCCUUGAAAUACGGAUGUUUGGGAACAUCUUUUAUGGAGCACGUGAUUGUUUACUGGAUCGGUGCAUGUGCCGGUUCCAUUGCCUCUUUACGAGUUUAUAGACAUCCGUUUAUUCAAAACUACGUGGAACAACAUAAGGAGAAAACGCUUUGAACCUGGAUUGUAUACGUAGACUUUUGUGUUCAUUUCUUCCGUUGUUUAUUUUACAUAGCGGUCCCUUUUACGGCCGUAUAACGUUGUACUUAGAGUAGCAUGUACUUACGUUUUUCUAAUACCAUUGAGAUUAUUACAAAAAAAAGUAUAUUCAAUGAGUCACAAAAAUAUCCAAAAAAUUUUUAAUUUUUAAAGUUGACGGAUACAAAUGGUGUGGGAUGAUUUACCCAAGUGGGACUGAAGGUGUUAAGAUCUAUUUUGCACCCAAGUGUACUUUCAAUUGAAAUCAAUAUUUUGCAGUGAACUAUAUACAUAUAUGUAAAUAUGAUAAUAUUUGAAUAGUUUCGUGAUUCAUUGGAUAGGUACAUUUACGCACAAACAAAUUUAUAUGGUAUUAUUAUUAUAGGUUUUAUUGCAUAUUUAUGGAAAAUUUAAGGUACCAAAUUUUGAGUUCAAAUUAGGAUAAAUUACUGUAUCUAAUUAUUAAUGCAUGAUUUAUAUGAUUUUUGGCGAUGUAUCCUUCCUUUUAAUAACGCGAAAACAUGUCUGUGAUUGACGCUGAGACGUUGUAUGUACCACAGUAUCGAUCGAACAUCAAAUUUUUGUUAAAAAUUCAAAGUAAAGAUUAUUUGCGUUAACUUUAA